UUGGCGAGGAGCCGGCUUUAUUUAUUGUACAGUGGCAACACAAGCCGUGCGCAGUGCCUGCAUUAGCGUUGCACUUGUUGGCUGCUGUGCUGUGCUCUGCUUACCGCGUCAGCGACUUCCUCGGUCUCUUUCGUUCUCCCGGUCCGAUCACACGUGACAGUCUUCUUUUCACCCCACGUGACUAUUUCUGAAUGUGUGCGCGCAUGUGGAAGUAAUAGUGAUUGUUGAUGUGAACACGUGACGGUUCGUUGCUACUUGACAUGAUUCUUGCUUGAUUCAUUAUCACUUGUUCCAAACCUCUGGAUUCUUUUCAGUACCUCUACUAACUCACAAAACAUAAUAGUGAACUCGAAUACCAGAGAUUAUUGUAUACUGAAUAGUGCAAAUUUAUGCGAAAAAGGUUCGAAGGCAAAUAUCAUCAGGUUUAGUUCUACAAGCUAUACGUGUGUUCUAAUGCAUGUCAAAGUCCAGUGAAACCUGAUUUCGUAUCACAUCUCUGCCACGUGGAAUAAUAGUUUUAAAUCUCCCAUUCUUCUGUUGAGAAUACAUUGAUUUCUAUUUGAGAGCCCCAUUAGAGAUCUAGAAACGCUUGUUCAAGGUAAAAUAAAUUUUUAUCUUGUUUUCAUAUUCAAAUUGCCCUAAAUCAGUACCUAACGUUCAAAUUCGAGCAGAAAAAAAAAUAUAUAUCAGUGAACAAAAUAUUGCUGGGUAAUUUAUAUACAGUAGGAUUUAAUUUUACUACUGUAGUUUCCCUCUGUAUUUUUGGGUGUAGAUCAUAAUACACUGCGCUCCCGUAAUAAUUGACGAUAACCUCUAUUGCAUUGCGGUGCAGAUCUCCAAGAGGAGAGAGAGAGACAUUGGAAAUCGAUUGCUGUUAGUGGGAGAGGGAGAGAGCUGUUGUAGUGCACACCGGUGCGGGUGCAUGUGAUAGUGCGGACAGAGGGCAUUAAAAUUCGGUCAAGAUUUCCGGGCAGGAGUUGGCUUCGUCGUUGGGUGAGGGUGGCAGCCCUGGUGGAGUUCUAGUCGGCUACAGUCUGGUCGGCGUCUACCCGUGUGCCGUGUGGAAGCCGAAAAGUUGUCAACAGUGCGGAGACACGGGCCGAGUUGCCAGCAACCAGCCGACGCGAUUGUUGCCUAGGGCGGCGGCCAACAGGCUGGCGUCAUCGGCCAGUGUGCGAAGCGCCCCCUACCAGUUGCCAGAGGCUGCUUGUCGCUGCCACAGAGCCGGCGACCCCCUGGACCACCACCCUAGUCUAGCACCAGCCGAGACCACGCUGGCUGCCAGCACAGCCGCCACGGGUGCCCACUCCGCCGCCGCCGCCACCCAGCAAUCCGCCUCAACCCCGAUGCUGUUUGUGCCCUUCAACUAUGGGCCGCACCUGGCCCUCGCCUCCAACAACAGUGUCAGUCCCAGCGGCGGCGCCACCCCUAUCAUCAAGUCACCUUGGCAAGCCAGCGAGCAUUCACAAUCACAGGACAUGAAAGUGAACUGGGUGACAUCGCCAGGCCUACAGCCAAAACACGACACUAGCAAACACUACCACAUAUUUGUUGGAGACCUGAGUCCAGAAAUUGAAACGCAGACGUUAAGAGAAGCUUUCGCCCCUUUUGGUGAAAUCUCGGAUUGCCGUGUAGUGAGAGACCCACAAACGCUCAAAUCGAAAGGAUAUGGUUUUGUUUCAUUCGUUAAAAAAACGGAGGCGGAAAGUGCAAUAACAGCAAUGAACGGCCAGUGGCUGGGCAGUCGUAGCAUUCGUACAAAUUGGGCCACACGGAAGCCACCCGCCCCAAAAACUGACAUGAACUCGAAGCCUCUGACGUUCGACGAAGUGUACAACCAGUCGAGUCCGACCAACUGCACAGUUUACUGCGGAGGUCUGACGAACGGGCUCAGCGAGGAGCUCAUACAGAAGACCUUCUCGCCCUUCGGAAACAUCCAGGAGAUCAGAGUAUUCAAAGACAAAGGAUAUGCCUUCGUUCGGUUUUCUACAAAGGAAUCAGCUACCCACGCCAUAGUAGCGGUUCACAACACAGAUAUCAACGGACAACCAGUCAAGUGUUCUUGGGGUAAAGAGUCGGGGGAUCCCAACAAUGCACAAACCGCUGGCCAGCCAUUAUCAGGGGCGCAAUUCCCGUACACAUAUGGUCAGCAAUUGGGCUACUGGUAUCCACAGGGCUACCAUGCAACGGCUGCCACCGCCGCCCAGAUGCAGGGUCAGCUGUUCCAGGGUAUGCAGGGGUACACCUAUGGCACCCAGUUCGGAUAUCAACAGGGUUACAUGGGGCGAAUGGGCAUGAGCGUGCCGGGAGCCGGAUGGCCGACGGCGGCUCAGGGACCGCAACUGGGCGGAGCGGGUGCGGCUGCGGCUGCGGCUGCGGCUGCAGUCGCCGCACAAGGCUCAGUGGCCGCACUCCAGCAGCCCACUCCCGCACCCGGCAUGAUGGCCGCUGCGGCCGCCUAUCCUGCCAUGCAGCAGUUCCAGCUGGCAGAUGAGGACUGGCUGGCCCCCAGCCUUCUUGUCUGAUGGUAACAACGCCUUCAGUCUCAAGCACUCCAAACGCAAUCACCUAUAAAUAAUAUUAAAUAUAUUAUAUAAUUUCCGUUAUUUUUAUUUUGUAGUGGAGAUCAUAAUGGGUGACAUAGAGAGAGAAAAAAAAUAAUUUUUUACGGUCAAAAUCUUUUUAUAGUAAUCUCUCUCUGAACAAGAAUUGUUAGAACUCGAAAGUCUUUCAAGACCCCCUGUCAACGCGCUUCAAGGUUUAUGUGAUUGUUUUUGAAAAAACAUUGUGACACAACAAAGUUGAUGAUGAUCAAAGUUGAGGUUUGCCCUUCCAACUCACCACAAAAAGAUGAAAAAAAUUAAUAAAUAAAAUUGAGUGGUUAUCAACAUUUUUACGCUCUUUUGUAUGUUAUUUUUUCUUUUUAUUCUAUUUUUAUCAUAAUUAGUUCUUUAUUCACUGUCUGUGUAUCUUUCAAAACUAACAAAACAGAAUUCACAAUAGAACAAUGUGUUCAUUAUGGACUACUUUCUUGGUAAUCUUCCAUUUUUUUAUCCUACUCAUUGGAGUCGUAUCAACUAGCAAGCCUAUCAAAUGGUGAAGCUUCUACUCUCUAAGUCUUGAUCUAUGUUCUAGAUCAUUUCUAUACGUUGUUUCUGAAUAGAAAUAGAAUUUCUUGAUAUGAUUAGAAUGAGACUAAAGUGAAAGUCAACCAGUGGAAUCCUCUUUGGAAAGUCGUCCAAAUAAUUCAUCAAAUGAAUUAUAAAAUGUCCUGUAACCUUUUAAAAAUAAUGUUAUCUAUUGGUCAUAUUCUAUGUAUUUUAUUUGAAUGAAUAUACGUUCUUGUUUAAAGCUAGCUGAAGUUUUAAUGAAUAGAGGAAUCCAUUACUGCAAACUUAUAUUCAAUUGAUUCAUAACACCAUCCAAUCGAAUAAUUACAAUCAUGAUUGGAAUGGGUAUCCAAAUUUCUUCAUGUUAGUUCUUCAUUUAUUCUUCUGAGGGGAAACGUGAUAGAGGAGUUUUCAAUUGCUAGUUUUUGAUUCUUAUGGACUGUAGAACUGACUCGACUACCCUAUUGUUUGGAUUAGUUCUGCUGGUACGAAAUUGAAGUUUGUACGAACUAAACUUCCAGUAAUUCAAUUUGGAAUCCAGAAUGGAGUUCUCUAGAUACAACUGAAAACUUUUCACAUUUGAAUUUUAAUAUAUCAUGAAUGCACUAUCAAAUGAAUCGACUGCAUCCAUUCCGUUAUUUACUUAAUGGCCUACUCACAAUUAUUAUAAUAGAGUACAUGGAACUAUUCUGUGGAGAAAUAUCAGAACAAAAGAAAUCACCUAAAUAUUGAAUUUGAAAUGAAGAAAUUCAGUAACUCGAGCAGGUAGAAUCUGGUCGGCCUAUGUACGGGAAUGCUCUGAUCAUUAUAAUAUUUUCCCUAGAAAUUAUCCUAAAAAUUAGAGAGUAAAGAACAAAUUGAACGAAAAGAAUAGAGGAAAGUAGGAUGGUAUUUUUUGUAGUUGAGCUCCCAUCAUGUGAGUUUCAAGCUCUAAAUCUAUUGUAGCCUUGAAAAUAAUUUUCAUGAAUCUAUCCAAUUUUCAAGUCCUAAUAUUUGAAUUUUAUUCAUUUCUCCAAACCAACAUUAAAACAUACUCUCUGUUUUUCUUUAGUAUCUCAAUAAUCUACUGUUGUAGUUAUUAUUAUCAAAUAAAACCCAAUUAUUGAAAAAAAUCGCAAAACGUUCUCCUACAUUACUGCAAAGCUUAUUAUUUGUGAGAGAUUUGGUGAGUGAAAAUCUCAAAUCGAAUUUUUAACAUUCAUUUUUGUUUGUUACAAGCGUAAAAAACUUGAUAAUCAGCUCAUGAGUUGGAAGGGAAAUAUCAGUAGUCCCGAAAUUCAGUCAGCUUAUUAUCUUUUGUUUAUAUGACGGAAAAGACCCUGAUGAUGGGAUCAGGCUAGUGAUCGCCGACACGUGAGCUGGAGUGGACGCGGUCCGCCUGCUGGUGCUGCUGCUGCUACCUGGUGACGAAUCACUGCAACUUCAACACAAGACUGCCAACAGUAGGCCUGCUCUCUCCACAAUCCAUUCAUCUGCACACAAUUGGUUGUUGAUAGUUUAGCAGGAGAAAUCGACGUAGAAAAUAUUGUACAAAGUGCGGUGAAAAAUAUGUGCUACUGUAUACUGAUUUUAGACCGAGGCAGGAAACGUACCACUACAGCCAAAGUAUUCAUGAUUACUAACAACAGUGCAUGGAAGAUGACAGCACAUAAUGUUUACACCACAAAUGUAGAGUGAACUAAUCAUUACGGCUCCUUUGUUCUAUAUUGUGAUGUAAACUACAACUUGGUGUUUCUGUUCGGAAAAUUGCGGUAAAAUGUUGUAACAAUUUUGCUUUUCAUAAACUAGAAGCCCCAAACCUUCCUCCCUAGAUAUAAUUUGUCCAAAUCUUUCAUAUGCCUGAAUUUAGAAAGGGGAAAAAUAAUUUCAGAUUCAAGGCAAUCCCCCACUUUAUUUCCUUGUAGAUCUAUAGAAUAAAUAAUCCUUUGUAAGUUACAAACCCCCGAUUAUUAGUUUUCAUCGUGUCAUAAAAAUUGUCUAUACAAAACGAACCUGAAUAUUCUGUUAAUUAAUUGAAGUAACUUAAAUAUAAACUUAAACUAGAAAUUGCCAAAAUUAUUAUUUUUAUCAUCAUCAUCAUUGUUAUCAUCCCCAUAAGUUAAUUUAUCAUGACAGUACAGCCGGUGACGUCAUCAACAAAAACAAUCAAUAAAUUAUUGUUUAGACGAUUUGGUUUAGACAUUGCGUGACAUUUCUAGUGAUGAUGUAGAUUGAAAAGAUAAGGUAGAACGCAACUUGAUUGGAAUAAUAAUUAAUCGGUCGUAUCAAUUAAGUUCACAACUAAUAUAAUAAUUAAUAAUGAUAACAAACAGGGAUUGUUAUAGAUUGAUUGGAGUUCAUCCCUUCAAUUCGAAGAGACAGAAAUGAAUUGAAUUAAACGAUAAUAUGUUAUACUGGUGAUAAAAAUGAAAUUGUAGAGGUCAAUAUAGUAGUGAGCAGGUCAAAACCAAAGCAUAGUGUUUUCUAGAUUAGAAACAAGUAGAGAUAAAAUAUAUAUUAUUAAUAUAUAAUAUAUACAUGCAUCAAAUGAUAUACUAUAGGAACGAGUAAUUCUUAUUCAGAUGUAGAAGGUAAAUAAUACAGAUUAUCCAAUAAGUAAUUGGGUGUGACGUCCAUUGACUAGUACAUACAAUUUUAAAACAAAUCAUUUCUUUCAAAUUCUCAAUUCAUUGGUUCAUUUUUCUCAUAUAUCUGUACAUAUACAAUUCAGGUGAAAACAACAAUCAUUCACUCAUAACUGUAUUUUUCAAUCAUUAUAAAUGUAUAUAUAUAAUUCAACGGGUUUCCAAAUUGGACCGAAAUUUAUUUGGAUUCUUGUUCAAUAAUCAUAAUAUUAUAUUCAUUAACAUUCAAUCAAAUGCAAUUUUUCAUUUUUUAUUCACAUCUUCUGAAUCUCAAUUCAUCAUACGUGUGCAUAAAGCAUAACAGUAACUUGGAAAAUACACAAAUGAAGUACAACAGAAUUUAGAACUACCUACUUCAAUCCAUACUUUAUAUUUUUGGACGCUGAAAACACACAGCUUUAUUGACUUAUAAUCAUAUAUUAACCUUCAAAAUAUAUGAAUGAAAUCAUCCAUGAAACAAAGACUCAAAUAUAAUAGUAUACAUUCACAAGACAGGAAUUUUUUUCUCUGCCUAUUGGGAGAAGCAGGAGAAGCAACUGCCUAUUGAUCGAUAUGAAUUGAGUAUGGAAUGUUGACUAGUGUAAUUUGAAGAAUUAUUUGUUUUGAAAGUAAUAAUUGUAUGUACCAGUUACGGUCUACUAGCUCACCAAAUACAUAUUUGAACAAUCUACUACAGAAAGUAAUUAACACACAGAUCACAUCAUGAAAGUAGGCAAUCAUCAAUUAGCUGAAUCCAGUCGAUUCUCAUGAGGUCAAUUUUUAAAAGUUAUUUUGUAAAUAAAUUGAAAUAUAAUAUAAUAUAUGAUAUGAAAAAAGAUCUUUGUAAAGAAAAUGCACAAAUCAGAACAUUUUAGGAUAAAUAUUACUGGCGCCGCGGUUAUUAUAGUAGUCAGAAAAUUAUUGAUAUAUGAAUCACUCAAACAACAAAUCAGUAUAAUCAUUAUGAAGAUUUUAAACAACGAUCAAAUUUUUGAAACAACAUUUAGUGAGAAAAUCAAUUAAUAAUUUAACUUGAGUCAAUCAAUAACAAUCAUUAAGUUAAAAGUUAUUUUAUCCAUGAUAAUCAUAAACCAUAGAUUUUUUUACUAAUAUCCUAAAACAAAAUUUCUGUUGUUAAAAUUCUGUGAGAACCUGUUAGAAAUGUUUCUGUUAAAUUGAUUAUCACUCUGUCAGUAGAGGUACGGUACUUAAAGCUCUAGUGUUAAUUCAUUUUCAGUUUCAUAGAAAACAAAUUGAACUAAUUAGAAACAUUGUACAUAGCUAAUCGAAUGUAUAAUAGGAAAAGUUGAUAAUUAUGUGAGGAUUGUAAUUUGUAUCAUAAUAUUAUAUUGGCAAUAGAAUGGUUUAUGUUUGUUGGUGACGGUUCUUGUUCUGUUGUUGAUGUUUUGAUCUUCAUACUUGAAAUAUCUUCUCAUGAUUCUAGAAUUAAGAAUUCAUUCUUCUAUCACUCUUCAUUGAAAUAUCUUCAGCUAGGUUUGGAAUAACUUAUUGAUAUAAUAACUCAUCAGGAUCUUGAGAGUUUGAAUAUGUUCAGUACCUGAAUCAAAAUUCAAAUAAUAAACAUUUUCACCUUGUAUCAAACUUGUAUUGGAACAGCAUCCGAAACGUGGAAAGUAUAAGCUACUGUAAGUGGUUACACGGCAAUUUUUCAUCGAAUGAGCGUUUUUGGAAUAAGAACUUGAUAGUCAUUUUAGUCGAUUGUGUACUAAUAUAAGGCCAGUUUGAAAAACGUCAAUGAAUAUUGAGAAAAUCAUGAUUAAUUUCAAGUGAGAAGAUCAAUAAGCUCAGAUCUAUACAAAAUUUUGUUGAGAUGGAACAAAGUUGGGUUCUUAUGUUAUGUUAACGUUUCAAUGAUGUGAGACAUGUGAAAUACGCCUGUAAAAUUACUUAGAAGCGAGGCUCCAAAAUAACAGAAUAGAUGAAAACUAUUAACAGCUUCGAGUGCAUUGCACUCAAUUUUGCAGUGAUCAAUUUCAAGUAGAGGAAAAUUCUGCAAAAGACCUGUUAGCUGUAAGGUUUGAUGAAGAAAUAUCAUAAUAAUGAAAGUAGAAACUAAGAAUUAACACAUUAAAAUAGUAUUUAUUGUUGAAAGGGACGUAUUAACCACGGAUUAUCUGCAUAGAAAUUAAUCUAUAGAGUCUAUUGAAAAUAAGGAGAUAUCACACAAUGCGUAGAAAUUUACGAUUAAUGGAGUUUUUACUGGUUACCACGAGGGAGAAAAACAUUUUUAUAGCGUUCUUUAAUAAAAAAAAGGAUAAAAAUAAAAUAGAACGUAAGAUGUUUGUUUAAUAGGUGAGAAUUUUGAUAAACUUUAAAAACAAAAUGGAAUGGACUGUUGCAAGAAGGAGUCGCUUGUAUUGGAAGUUUUUUUUAUUUGAAAGGCUGUACUAUUCAUAUUUAAGUAUAAUUUUAGUGUUAUCAAAUGUGAGGCCGUAAUUAUAUAACGUUAAAUAAAAAAGCAUAUAGUGAUGCACGUAUAGUUCCAAAAAAGCACAGGUUGCCCUAACCCCUAGCUGUAAAUGUGAGAUUGAUUGUUAUAUACUUGUACGGUACGCAAGGAUGGUCUAAUGAGUGAAUGCCGUAUGAGAGCAUGUAAACUAUAAAUAUUAUUGUAUUGUAUGGAAAAUGGAGCUGUUGAGUACAAGGAUUGUCUGAAAUGUAGAGCGACUGUGACUGUUGUGGUCGUGAGUGCAAGCCAUGGACAACCCAAUCAAUUCCUUUAUGUUAGUUGUAUUUCGGUGUAUUUUAAAACAAGUGUUCCCAUCUCUUAUUGAGAAUAUUGAUGUAUAUCUCAGUGGAAUUGAAUGUUUAAAACUAAUUUCGUUAAUUGUCUAAUAGUAUUAGCAAAUUCAACCCCCAUAAUUUCUUCAAUCCCUUUUCAUUCUUGUGGUGAACUAUCCACUGAAAAUAAUAUAUUAUUUUCUUAUAGCUGUUACUUAUCUACUUGAACACCAUUUCAAAAUCUGGAUGUGAGUUUUCUCUGUAGUUUAUAAUAGAUAUUUACAACGAAAUAUUUGAAAGGCAAAUUGUGCAAUUUGUAUUUUUAGAACAUUUAAACAGUGAUCAAGUACGUACUAACUGAUUCAAAUUUUCGAAGAAUUGUUACUGAAAUUCAACAAAUUUUUCAUUGCCAGUAAUUUGAAGCUGGAUCUACUGCAACAAAGAAGAACUAUUUUUCUAUUAAUGCUGUGAGAAAAUUCUGGAAUUCAAUUUCCUUUCUUGUAAGCAAAAAUGGUUAUAUCGUUAUUCUCAGUCAAUUUAUUAAGAAAUUGUGAGAACUAUUUUUAUCCGUGUACAAUAUUAGACACUCAUGAACUUAGACAUAAUAACAUAACUCUCGAUGGAUGAAAAUGGGAGAUUCUAGGGAAAAUAAAAAUCAUAGUUAUUCUGAAGCAAGUAUAUUGCAAGUAACUGGAUUCAAAUAGUGAUAAAAAUUGUUCAAUAUCAUUCUAAAGGUGCGUACAGAUAUACGCGCUGCGAAGAUGAGCAAUUCACUUUUAAUCAGCUGACUAUAUCUGUAUUUUUAUAGAAGCGGUAAGAUACAGAUGUAAGAAGCUUGGCAUCAGCUGAUUGAAAGUGAAUUGCUCAUGUUCGCGUCGCGUAUAUCUGUACGCACCUUUAUAUCUUACCGACAAAGAAUUUCAUAAUUCAGUAGAAAUGAUAGAAGAAAUGAGAUUUUUCUUCGUUAAAAAAAACCUGGAACUAUUACAAAUGAUGAUGAUUUUGACGCUUAUAUCAAAGUUAUUUUUUCCAGCAAUAUUAUAAUGUAAUUUUUGUGGAACAUUUUCCAUCGAAGUGUGAUACAUCAGUACAAAGUAGCUGAAUACAAACAUCGAAUAACCAGUGAUUUACUUUUUGAUUUACUAGAAUGAUCUUUUUUGUAUAACAAUAACAACUAUUUGACAGUCAUGAAACAAUUCAAGAUAGAAAAUUCAAAUAUCAAAUGUCUAUUCAAUCGGGAAAACUUUGGGAGUUAAGAUUCCUAGUGUGUAUCAUUGUCCUGAUCACUUAUGUCUACUUUUCAAGCUGAUUGAAUAUUAUAAUUGCAUGAUUUUGAGAGUAGGGGAAAUUCAAGUGGAUAUAAUGAUAACUAAGGAAUUGGGUUGAAUUUGUUUUCUUCCAAAAUAGGAAAUUGUUUGUAAUUGCAGUAUCUUUGCUUCAAAUAUAUUGUUAUGAAAGGAUGAAAAGUCAUAAAAAAAUGUUGCCAAUCAAAUAAAGUGCCACUUCAGAGUGACAGAGCCCAAAAAUCUAUAUAUACUUCCAAAUCUCUUCAAAACCCCACUUUUAUAAAAUGCUCUGUAGGUAUUUCUUCGAGAUCUAUACUUUAAGAUUUUUGCAGCUGUUCGAAAGAUAAAUAUAUUGUAAUGUGUUACCUUAUAUGUUAUUGAAAGAAUACCAUUGACCUGAAAGGUCGAAUGAGAAAAUGAUUUUUAUAAAUAUAUAGUAUAUAUUAUCUAAAUAAGUUAAUGAAGAAUGUUGUGUACCUAAUGUUAUUGUAUGAUGAAUGGCUGAUGGAAAUACUGAAACAGUCCGAUGACUGUGUAUAUACAUAUAAAUAUAUAUAUUACAAAAUG